UCAUUUGACUGAAGAGUGAAGGUAGGCUAUUUAGGGGCGUACUUUUCUCUCUUUCGAUUCAGUGUGUGUUCAACGUUCAGAAGUAUCACAUUCCUAGUUUCUCUCUCAAAAGGAAAAAUGUCGGCAACUAAAGUGAUGAUGGUAUUUGUACUGGUGCUGGCUGUCACUAUGGCAGCAGACGCUGGCAGUAAGAAGACCAAUUCAAGCAAAGUGCAGCCCGUUGGUUCGUUGGUGGCCAAAGCCAGUCUGUCUCCUGUGAACGCGACUGUUAAUGGAACUGUCAAUGCAAAUGUCAACGCUACUGUCAACGCGACUGAAUCGAUGAAAUCUACAGAGAAGGUUCAAGUGACGAAGCGGAGUCUUGGCAUCGACAAGAGUGAAGGCAAAAGCCAAUUGAUGUCGGCUUGGUGGAGGAUUCCAACAGCUUUGUGGAACUUUAUCAGCCAGGUAUUCAUCGAUCCCCUCGUGGCAGUAUUGCGUCAAGUGUUGUCCAUUUUCGGGAUCGACACCGACCAAAUGAUGAACUUCCCAACGCAGAUGCAAUCACAAACGCCCAUGGAUUUCGUCUCCCAGCUAAUGCCUCAAUUCACAACUCCCGUUAAUCCUACGUUCGCGUAAUUUGUCAUUAAUAAUUAAAAAUAUUUCAUCAGUGAUUUUUAUUCAGUGCAAUCUGCAGUAUAAUGUGUGUGCAUGGUCUGGUCUUGUAAGUGUAAAUUAAUAUACGACGAUAUUUUUUUACCCCAA